CCGAUGCCCGCUGGGUCUGUUGUUGUCGUGCCGCGUUCCGUGUAGUUGUGUUAAAAAAUAUAUUUUUAAUAUUAGUAUGUAAAUCAUAAUCAUAAUAAUAUUUAAAAAAUAUUGCAUUUGGGAUAUUACUUUUUCAUUGUUUUUUUUUUACCGUAUGUUAAUAAUAAUACAAAUUAUAAACGUAAAAUAUAUUUCGUGUUUUUACUCGAGUGAAUAGAUUGCAUUUUUACGAAGUAUAAAUAUAACGUGUCUAAUGUGUUGAUUUUCUCAGGAAUGAUAAACAUUACUUAAAAAUUGCUACGCCGGUCGUUUAUUUUGGUGUUUUCGAACGAAACGCCAAAUCAGAAGUUACCAUGAGAGAAAAGAAGAGUGGUGCACUCAGCAAAGUGCAGAAAAUUAAAAAACGUCUUAGUCAUAGUUUCGGCAGACUCUCAAUUUCGAAAGAAGAUCCAGAUCGUAACAGAACAUCUCGGGAUGCUAUAACAAACAAACUGGCAUUCAACGGUUACUCUGAUGAGUUCCUAGAUAGGAUCGAACCAAACGGAAAUAUACCUUGUGCUAAUGACGAACACUUGUCUAGAUAUGACUGGAGCUCAGGCCUCGGUGACCCGGAACGAUCAGUGAAACGCCAGUUGUCCGUAUCGUCCGAUUCGAAAUUGCUAGACGAGGACAUAUGCGAAGAGACGCGUGUCAUACUUAGACCGAAAAAACCGCCAAGGCCCAAAUCCGAAGUGUUCCUCAACCAGCCCAACAACAGGAGGACUAAGCGUUAUUCGGCAUUCGGGGGUGAUUCGCCGUUUGGCAAAACAGAGGCAUAUAUCAAACUAGAUCCGCUCGGCGAAGGGUCUUAUGCUACCGUGUUUAAGGGGUACAGUAAUUUAACCAAUCAAGUCGUCGCUUUGAAAGAGAUAAGACUACAAGAAGAAGAAGGCGCGCCUUUCACUGCGAUCCGCGAAGCUUCGUUGUUGAAAGAACUGAAACACAACAACGUUGUUACGUUACACGACAUAGUGCACACCCGUGAGACGUUAACGUUUGUUUUUGAAUAUGUGAAUACGGAUUUGUCACAGUAUAUGGAAAGGCACUCGGGCGGUUUGGAUUAUUCCAACGUAAGACUGUUCAUGUAUCAACUGUUCAGAGGACUGGCGUACAUUCACAAAAGGCGUGUAUUACAUAGGGAUGUUAAACCGCAGAAUUUGCUCAUCAGUGAGAUCGGAGAACUCAAGCUGGCCGAUUUCGGGUUGGCUCGUGCUAAAUCUGUUCCCAGCCAUACAUAUUCCCACGAAGUAGUCACACUUUGGUACAGGCCACCCGACGUUCUGCUUGGAUCCACGGACUAUUCGACAUCUCUGGACAUGUGGGGUGUGGGAUGUAUAUUCAUUGAAAUGAUCACCGGCGUGCCUACUUUCCCUGGUGUACGGGACACAUACGAUCAACUAGACAAAAUUUUCAAGAUUUUGGGAACGCCCACUGAAGAUAAUUGGGAAGGCUGUACUCACUUGAAAGGUUACAAAGAAGGCAAAGGGAAAAUAUUUAUGUAUCCCCACCAAAAACUCGGUCAUGUGUUCCCCAGGUUGUACGACAUUGCUGAAGGUGAAAAUUUAGCAACGUCAUUACUUCAGCUUAACCCGGAUUUGCGGAUAAACGCUGAAGCCGGUCUCAAGCACAAAUAUUUUACGUCGCUUCCCAAAGGGCUGUGCGAUCUUCCAGAUGAGGUGUCCAUAUUUAGUGUUAAAGGCGUUCAUCUGAGUCAUGAAUCGAGAACUACAUACAAAUGUUGAACGCGUUUAGUGUUUACUAAAUUAUUACUAAUAAUUAGCUCAAUAAAAGUUUAGAAUAAUAAUAAAAAUAAUAUUAUAUAAGUAUAUAUAGUUGUUUACCAGAAACAUUGAGUUGUGCGGCCCAAUUGUGGCCAGACACGUCUCGGCUACCGAGCCAUCUUGCUGUGAUGAUGUUUAUUUUAUAUUUCCUAUGUUCAUACCUUUAAUGUUAGUAAUGCGUCAGUGUUGUUGAGGGCUUCUAGAAUGAAUCAUGAAAAUACUUAAUUACACAUAAAUGACGAUAAUGUGUUUAAUUAAUUAUAUAACCGAACAAAGAGCACCUAAGCUAUAUUUUAUAAGAUGUUACAAAAACAAAAAUAUAAUAUGUUUCAAUAUUUUCUACUUACACAAUUUUCAAAAGUAAUAAUACUCUUAGUGUUUAAGACAAAUUUAAUUGCUCAACAAAGUGGGGGUCAUCAACUUUAUAACAAUCUAAGCCAUAUUUUAUGUGUGUGUCUAAACAUAAUGUUUGUUUGAAUUGAACAAAGUUAAUUAAAUUUAUUAUAUCGUCCCCACUCAAGUUUUGCCGUCCCCGUUUAACGUCCAAUUAUUUCGCGUAAACAUUUUUUGGCCGUUACGUUGUAAUCACACAAAAACAUUCCUCGAAUCGUCAAUAAUAAUUCUGAGCAUUUGUUGUCCAUAUUUUAAUGUUAUUAUUAUUAUUAAUGUGUUUUUUUUUUUCGAUUGGAUAGUUUCAUGUUUGUUCCUUUGCCGUCCAAAUAUAGACCUGUCGAAAAUAAAAAUAUUAAAAAAAAUAUUUUCUCCCCAAAGCCUAUUACGAUUAAUCGUCCAGAUGUUACGAGUAAUCGCACUAGACAACCGAUUGUUGCAGUCCCCAAGGGUUGUUAUGUGAAAUUGGCAUUUUAUUUACUACUACUAAAUUGUGUAAAUUAGAAGAUUAUAUUAUUA